AUGCACUUGACAGUGGAUUGGGGCAGAAGAGUAAGAUACUAAAAUUAUGUUAACGUCUUUUGUUAUACUGUGUACGACGUGUUAGUGCAUUUUGCCUUGCGAGGAAAAAGUGUACACAUUUCAAACCCCACGUGCGUGACGUAGCAACAUUUUCCAGCACUGCAAAAGAUUGGCACUGAAUCGCAAUAUCUACAUGUGACGCUAAAUUCCGCCGAAAUUUUAUUACAAGAUGCUAAUUGUAACAAUACAUAUGGAGAAUGUCAGAAAUUUUGUAAUCAAGGUACGAGCUUUCUUUUCCCAUCACUUGUCCACGGCAUCGCCUUUGGAGACCCAAUAUGUAGGUCUACUAAAUGUGAUGUUUUUAGCAGAGUUUUGCCACCUCUAUUGUAAUCCGAUAUGUUGCACAAGCGAAGAGCAACGGACAAAAUUUUGCGAUGAUGUCGAUUACCGAGCCUACACGGGCAACUCGACAAAAUUUCGAAUAACUGGUCCAUAUAUCACACAUACCAUCGGGAAUGGAGUAGGGAUUUGGGCUGAAGACGAGCUGUGGCUUUACGACAGCAGAAAUAAGAGGUUUAAUGUUGGGACGGUACCGUUUGCGCUUCAGGUCGUAAGGAAAGCAUAUUCUGCGCAUGCAACUAAGUAAGUGUAAGCUCCACCGAGCAAUGGUUAUUGGGCAGAAAAACUGGGUAGGAGAUUCUGCGGUUUCAGGGGGAAAAUGAAUCUCCAAAUUCAGCCGAAAAAUAAAGAAGUUCUUAAUUCAAACCGGGCCACAAAGAUAUCGCUCUGUAGUAGGACCAAAGGUUUCAAAAGUUUUGUUUCUCUGUAUUUUUUCAAAAGAUCUAUCAAUCUUUCAGCGAGGCACACUUUGGGCUCGGAAGGCAAUCAAAAAACCAUAGUAUCGUCCACAUUCUGCAUCGACGCAAGUUCAUAGACAACACCAUUGUCACAAUCGCUAGCCGUGGCUACUAUGCUAGGUAUUACAUCCUGGGAGAGUUCAACGAAAAAUACUGCGGAAGAGACAGGCAGACAGUGAACGUCGUCGGCGAUCUUCAAUGGAUGUUCGAUGCGAAACAAGCAGCGUUUCUGAACCACAAAACAGCUGAACACGAAUUUCGAAUGCUCCUGGAGACCGACAGUAUGACACGGAUGCCCCGAGAGGUUCUGCAUUCGUUUCUGGAAUCGGGAGUAGCUACCUUUGACUAUACACACAAAUAUUCCAACCGACAAAACUUCAUCCGUCUCGAGCCAGCGCAUCAGAACGACACAUUUGAAUUCUUUUUCAAACUCAACAAAGACCUUGUUUUGUACUCCGACCUGGAAUCCACUGACAUCUCAAAGUUGUAUUUUCCAAACGAAAAUACUGCGAUAUUAGAAGUCGCUGCACUGGAUCCAAACCCGGACCGGGUGGAGUGGGUUGUUGGCAGGGUUGUCUUAAUGAAAUACUGCGCCUUCCUUGACUACAGCCAAAACACGAUCGCUUUUUCACCGUUAAUACCUCCACAUUUGAGACCAAAUGGGGACAUAGAUCAACGGAAGAGCAGGCUCAAGUUGGAGCACUAG